AUGAGCUUUGUCGGUUCUUAUCUACUAAUUCCACAAAUCCUAAGUUACGGGCAUGGGCUUUACACAAAGUUCGACCAGCUAUUAAAUUGCGUAGAGAACAAUCGUCAACUUGACGAAAAGGACUUCAAAUCAGCAGCAAUUUAUAAGAAGUUCAGCAUUCCGUACGCUUAUCGACCAGCGUCGAUCCAAGAUCGAUAUGCAAGAUCGAUUAAUAAUCAAGUAGUUACUACUAUCCAAAAGCGACGUCGCGAGACCGAGAGCUUCAGCGAUUUUCCAAUCCCUAGCCCAAGUCCAACAUUUGAUUAUGCCUCGAGUAGUAAUCAACUAGGUAUCCCCAGUUCAGCUGUCUCUGAAGCCCGCGAAUUAUCACAGUAUAGUUCAUCUGGAUCGGCUCGAUCGGGAUCUUUACCUAGUAGAUCGAAGUUCAAGAGGCAUAAAAGUCUCAAUCCACAUCGAACGCAAAACACUUCUGGUCACACACAGGACAGUCUGGAAGCUCGAUUCCAAGCUGUUGAUAUACUUAGACGAGAAGAAGAAGCGCGCGCUCUGAAGCUUCAAAACGAUGAAAAGGAGCUAGAACUUGAAGAAAGGCGGAGACGACUAAAUGGAUAA